AUGGAAAUCACCAAAGAACAUGUCCAAGAUGUCUUGGAUGAUGUCGCACGUCGUUUUCGAGGCCCGGGCGGUGCCGUUGCUGUCGUCAAAGAUGGCGAGGUCAUCGGUCAGCGGGUCUGGGGCUUCGCUGACCUGGAGACAUUGACUACGCUCACAGCCGAGCACCGCUUUCCUAUUUGUUCAAUAACCAAGCAAUUUGUGUGUGCUCUCUUGCUCGAUCUGGAGCGAGACCCUCCUCCAGCUAUGGCUGCCCAGGGCGAUGUUCGGCAGCAGCUUUCCGCCCAUGUGAGAGACAUGCUGAGCCCCGAACUACAAGACAGUGGCGUGACGAUUGAACAACUAUGUGCCAUGCAAUCCGGUCUUCGUGAUUAUUGGGCUAUGACCACUCUACUGGGCGCGAAGCCCGAUGACGAGUUCUUGAUUGACAGAGAUUGUCCUCCAAUGCUUGCCCUAACCCGAUCAUUUCAAUUCGAACCCGGGACGGAGACUUCUUAUUGCAAUCUCAAUUUCCACAUCGUCGCCCAAGCAAUUGAGCGUGCAACCGGUGAAUCUCUCGACAAGCUGCUUCAAGGGCGCAUUCUGCGCCCAGCAGGGAUGGAAACGGCUUUCCUUUGUCCAAAUACCGCCAAGCACCCUCCUCCUUGCGUAGGCUACGAAGGAGACGAGUCUCACGGAUACAUCCCAGCAGUGAACCGACUGGAGUGGGCUGGUGAUGCCGGACUGGUUGCCUCGCUAACUGACAUGAUCGCGUAUGAGAAGUAUCUUGACCAGUGUUCUUCCGAUCCAGGUAGCUGGUACAACGAAGCUAUUGAAUCUCCCAAAUUCAAAGACGGGACUCCAGCAAGAUACAAAUACGGAUUGAGUCAUGUGCACACGAAUGGCGUGCAUACAAUUGGCCACGGUGGUGCACUUCGAGGAUAUCGACUGCACCGGCGCCAUGCACCCGCACAGCGCCUUUCAGUGAUUGUCUUAUUCAACAAUGACGCAGAUGCAAGUCAGCCGACUAGUGAUAUCUUCCGUGCUCUGUUGAAACUCCCCAAGCCUGAGGAUAUUUUCAUCGAACCAGCUGCCGAGUGGUUCGGUGCUUUCCUUGACGAAGACACCCAGUUAUCUAUUGUAGUGACCAAGGCUGAGAAGCAAGGAGAGGUAUCCAUUAGUUACGCUGGAUCUCCCGAAUCGCUCAGACUCGACUCGCCGGCCUCCGGUAAAACCUGGUCGAUGACUGCAACAAUCGAGGGAAACUUGUUGAGUAUUCAUCGAAUCGGCGACAAUCGCAAGUUGGCUGCUCGGCGCAUUACUCCUAGGGAAUCAGUCUUGAGGGAAACUUCGCUGGAGGGUGUUUAUCGGUGCGACGAGAUUGAUUCCACUUUCUUGUGUGUCGGAGGAGCGGGAGUUUUCUACGGCGCAUUUGCUGGAUACCUUGGCCGGGGAAGCCCAACGCCUAUGCGAUAUCUUGGCGACGAUGUCUGGGUCUUGACCUGUCCUCGUGGUCUGGAUGCCCCGGCCCCAGGGGACUGGACUGUAGUAUUCCGACGAGAUGAGCAAGACUUGGUGACCGGAUUUACUAUUGGGUGUUGGUUGGCUAGGGGGGUUAAGUAUGACAAGACAUGA